AUGGAUCCACCCGUGCCCUCUCUUGCAGCUCGCUACACUUGUGCAUCAAUCUUAGUAGGUGUCUUCGCAGUGUGGGGAAAAUACACUUUUGUGGACGAAGCAAAGGUCCCUGGAGGUGGCAGGGUCGAGUUGCACAACUGGAAGGUUCCCGCAGCGUUGACUACCUUUUAUCUGGUGAGUUUGCCCUUGCUUCGAUGGUUUUCCAACAAGUUUUUACUUCCAAAUGUGGAUGUGAAAAUUUUACUACGGGAGGCUAUGAUUCUCUACAAUGCGGGACAAGUUGUGUUGAACGCAUGGAUGGUAUACCGCUUCGUGGAUGCGGUCAUGUUUCGUGGACAUCCCUUUGUCGGCGGACCGGUUGAUUUGGUGGAUACGGGAGCGACUUUUGCAAUAUGGGUGCACUACUGCGACAAGUACUUAGAGUUUCUCGAUACGUACUUUAUGGUUCUGCGGGGAAAGAUGGAUCAGGUCUCAUUUCUGCACGUCUAUCAUCAUACGUCGAUAUCUUGGGCCUGGUGGUUUGGGUUGAAGCUCCAUCCCGGCGGUGAUGGGUACUUUGGCGCUUUGCUCAACUCAUGGAUUCAUGUCAUGAUGUAUUCAUACUACACGUUCAGUCUGCUGAAAGUUCACUGCCCUUGGAAGCGGUACUUAACGCAGGCACAGCUGCUACAAUUUACUACGGUUCUUCUGUAUUCCUUCUGGAGUAUGAAUCGAAUGCCCCCCGGCAGCAAUUGGGGCCAUUACGCGGCGCAUUGCAUCCAAGACUUUGAAAUGAUUAGCCUCUUUUUACUGUUUCUGCACUUUUACCGUAAAGCCUACAGUCAGAAGCAGAAG